UGCAAGCAUGUGUUUCAUUUUCUGUUUUGAUAGUUGUGGAACUUUUAAUUUGUUUUUAUGAAGAAAUUAAAACUAAAUUACAUAACUCGUUUAUGGCACUUUGGUUCAUAAGAUCUUACAGAUCAUUUAUUUGCAAAACUCGUGGAGAAAGUGUAAGAUUCCAAGCUGAAAAGACACUUGAAGUGGGAACUUUGAGACGUGAACCACCCUCACUGCGUAAACCUGCCUUGGGUCUGCUGUUGUUGCCAGAGUGGAAGUUGACGAAUUUGACCAAAACCGGCGUUUUUAGCAGACUAUUUUCAGGAACUGGGAGAUAUUUUCUUCACACAACAAUGGCGUCAGGUAGAAGACCUGAACACAAGGCCCCGCCUGAAAUGUUCUACAAUGAAGAAGAGGCAAGAAAAUACACAUCAAACUCCAGAAUGAUUGAGAUUCAAAUGACGAUGUCUGAGAGAGCAGUUGAACUCUUGAGUCUUCCUGAAGAUGCGCCAUCCUAUAUCCUGGAUGUAGGAUGUGGAUCGGGUCUGAGCGGAGAAACUUUGACAGAGCAAGGCCACUAUUGGGUUGGACUUGACAUCAGUAGCCACAUGUUAGAUAUAGCAAGAGAGAGGGAGGUUGAAGGCGAUGUGUUCGUGAGUGACAUGGGAGAAGGAAUGUUCUUCAGACCAGGGACAUUUGAUGGAGUCAUCAGCAUUUCAGCUCUACAGUGGUUGUGUAACGCAGACAAGAAAUCACAUCACCCGCCCAAGAGGUUAUACAAGUUCUUCUGUACGCUGUACAGUGCAUUGAGGCGAGGCAGUCGAGCAGUGUUUCAAUUCUACCCGGAGAACUCCCAGCAGUUGGAACUGAUUACGUCACAGGCCAUGAAGGCUGGAUUCACAGGGGGAGUGGUGGUUGACUACCCUAACAGCACAAGAGCCAAGAAGAUGUUCCUCUGCCUUUUUGCCGGGAUGUCCAAUCCACAGAUUCCCAAGGGUCUUGGUACAGAAGGAGCCAAUAGCCGGGUCCCCACUGAGGUGAGCUACACCGACAGCAGACAAAGAUUCAGACAACUGAAAGGAAAACCACUCAAGAAGAGCAGGGAAUGGAUAAAAGAAAAGAAAGAGAGGCGAAGACGACAAGGAAAAGGGGAAGUGAGACCAGACUCCAAAUAUACGGGUAGAAAAAGACAACACAAAUUCUGAGCAGCUCUUCCUACACUACAAGGAUUUUUAUUUGUAAGAGAAAAUCAUUCGUCAUAUGGGAAAGUUGACAUUUUGUGCCAUAAUUUCUAAUAAAUGCAAGAGGUAUGAAAGUAAAAGCUGGACAAGUUUUGAGAUGUGCCCCCUUUCAUCAUAUCAAAAGUUGAUAAGAAUUGGA